AUGGACGAUAUUAGUUCAGUAGUAAAGAACUACUACACGGUGAUUGGACAAAAGGAUGAUGAUAUCUUUGAGCUCUACAGAGACAAUAAACAUCUUAAACAGCAACUAAGUGAGUUGCGUACAGGUGAAGAAGAACGGGAAACAGAAAGGCGAACAUUAAAACUCCUUGUUGUCGCUUUACAAACUGAAGUUCGUGAGAAACAGGCAUUAAUUGAAGCCCAUCAAUUAGAGAAUACCGCUUUUCGUAAGGCCAUCUAUCAAGCACGGGAGGUUCUGCAUAUGCCAUCGGAGUUCGAUCAUACCCCUGAGGAUGUUAUUAAUACUUUUAUUAAUAUCCAUACAAAGUACUCGGAUCUUUGUGGGCGUCAAACGGAAUUGACUAAAGUUAUAAAUAAUGUCUAUUCCGAUAUGUGUCGUAUGUUAUUAGAGGAAGAAGAAAAACAACGACAUGCUAUCAUAGAUGCUUGUAAUAGUACUCACCUUGUAUUCGUUCGACUCUCUCAGUACACCAGGGAAGUUAUUCUUGAAAAACAACACAUGCGUGAAAAAUAUGAAGAAACUGAACGUAAAUACUCGCAUGAGGCGGAAUUAUCUGCGAAGAGAAUGCAGGUGGAACAUCGACAACAAGAACGUCUUAUGGAAGAAUGGCGAGAAAAGAUAACAUUUACUAACAGUCGAGUCAUGCAAUUAGAAGGACAAGUACGAUCUGAACAAGCAGAGAAGGAGUUACUUUUAGAAGCGGCGUGUAGUCGUUUAGAUUUAAUGGUAGAAAGAUGUUCCGAUCUGGAACGUGUGUUAUUAAUGAUAUUUAGAACAGUGGGACGAUGUACCAAAGAAUUACAAAACACACAAACAGAAAAAUCAUCCUUACAAUUAAAAAUAGAUAAACUACAACGUAAUCUUAGUCGUGUGAGGAGUCAACUUCGAUUAAACCAUCAACCAUCAUCUCUAAAUACAUCUAAUGCUAAGGAUGGUGUACAUGGUAUGGUAUCUCUUAGUGUAGAUCAACAUGAGGCUUUUCUCGUCCUUCAAAAAGAACAUGAGGCUCUUAAAGUGGAAUGGCGGAAUUGUGUAGAGCGUGAACGUACAUUACGGCAACAGACCACAACUUCCAUUAAAAAAAUAAAAACAGAACGGGAUUCAUUUAAAGCCACAGCUGCGGAAUCCCAACGUCGUUGUUCUGUACUGGAUGAGGCCCUACAACGUACACGUGCAGAGGUAAAACAACUCACAAAUCAAGUCAAGCAACAGCAGGAAUUACAGCAGGCACUUUCUAAAGAGGUGGAACGUGAUGCUGUUUGUAUUCGUAGUCUUGAAGGUUGUAAACGUACACUUGAAGAGGAAAAGACGGUACUUACAACUCGUUUAAAUACACUUCAAGAAUUACAUGAUUCUCAGUUUCAACAACAUCAGCAAUAUAUAAAAGAGAAAGAGGAAAUGUGGGCUGCUGCAGAACGUGCAGCAUGUGAACAUAUUUCAUCUCUUGAACAGCAACUUGACUAUGAAAAGGCUGGAUUUCUACAUGAAUUACAGGAAUGGACACAAGCAUUAGAUGAUAUGCGCAGUAAACUUGCAGCUGCUGAGAGUGAGCGUGAUCGUGAAAAGAUGCUGCGUGGAAUGCUACAGGAGCAGUGUCGAGAAGAAGAGAAUUUACUAAGGAAUCUCAUGACAGAUGAUCACAAAGCUACAAUUGAGGCACUACAGGCUAAAGUUAAUAUGCUGGAGUCUGCUUGCAAGCGUAGUGCAGUAGUGAUUGCAGAACUCCGUGAGGCAACACAUCGAAAUACAUAA